AUGUCGGCGGAUCCAGCGUGGUCCGACACGCUUUCAUUCAAUACCUCACAAUCAUCCGAUCUAAUUUGUCGGGUUUACAAGACUCCCCGUCGGAUUGGCCGGGCCUUUGCUCAUGGGAAUGAACUUAUAGGAAUAAUGAAAGAAGAAAUUCUCUUGCUGCUCGGGGGAGCUUCGUCUAAAGAAAUUAGUCGCCUUCUGAAUAAGCCAAGUGACCCAGGCUUGCCAAUGGGAAACACCAUCAUUGAGUUCUCUAUAUCCACUUUGGAACAUAGCUUUCCAAUCUUGAGCCCAAUUCUUUCUAUGGCUGCUGAUCCCACAACUCAAGCUAUUUUGGAUAUCAGUCCUGCUUUAGAACUGGCUGAGGUUGCUCAUAUGAAGAUGAAAACUGGCCCUCAGAAUACUGUUUCUGCUCUUAACAUUGGUGUUGAUAUAGUUGCUUCAGACUCUUUCUCUACCAACUAUGGUUUGCUUGUUGAGCAUAUUCAAGCUUUCAUUAGAAUUGCAGACAAGUUAUCAGAGUUUCACCCAUAUAUCAAGGCUGCAUGGGGCAUACUGUCUGUCAUUCCCAAGAUUGACUGUGAUGGUAAAAUUACUGAUCUUGUCCAAGAUAUGCAAGCCUUGUAUGCAUUCCUCAAAGGAACAGAUCCAUCCAAGUAUGAUGAACCACAGAGGAAGAUUGUCACAUCUUUAGCCCAGCAAACCAUAGAAUGUGGCUAUUUCAUUCGCCAAUAUGCUAGUGAUCCCAACUUUUGGAAGAGAACUGGAAAGAAUUUAAUCUCAGAUGCAGACCAGAAAAUUGAAAAUUUCCAGGAUCAAUUCAAGAAGUUGAAAUUGGCUUUUACUCAGCAUGCUGUUUGUGAGACCCAACUUAUAGUUCUGCGAGUUGUCAACACUGUGGACAAACUGGAUGCAACUGCAGAUCUCAAGGACAUGUACUAUGCUAAGAAUGCUCGGUUUGAUUCAGACAAGCAGUGUCUUCCUGGAACUCGUGUAGCCUUGAUUGAUGAACUGACAGACUGGAUAAAUAGCCCAGAUGGUGAGGGUACACCUCGCAUACUCUUCUUUAGUGCUGCUGCAGGGUUUGGAAAAUCAGCCAUUGCUCAUACCAUUGCUAAGCAUUUUCACAAUCUGGGUCGUCUGGGAUCUUCAUACUGUUUUGAUCGAGCUGAUCAGGCAAAUCGAAGCAUAAGAUAUCUAUUCAGUACUAUCUCUCAGGAUCUUUCUGAUCUAGAUGCUGCCUGGAAAUCUGCUCUGUGCUCUGUUGUUACUGGAAAUCGUGCUUUGUGCUCUACUUCGGCAGUAAAAGAGCAGUUUGACAACUUCAUUGUAAAGCCUGCUGCAGCUUUGACUACUGUGGGGCCUAUUGUCAUUGUGAUUGAUGCUCUGGAUGAGAGUGGUAGUCACAUUGAAAGAAAACCACUAUUAGAUAUACUUAUUGGCAGAGCUGCAGAGUUACCUAAAAACUUUCGGAUUCUGAUUACUACACAUCUUGAACCUGAUGUUUCUAAGGCUCUUCAGCCAGUAUACCAACAUUCAUAUAUCAAGCACAAGCAUGUGGAUGCUGCAGAAAUGGAGAAUAAGCUUAAUGAGCUUGAUCUUUCUCUUUACAUUGAACAUAAGCUGUCAGACAUAAAAUCUGGGCUUGAAGCCAGAUGGCCAAAUCAUGAAUGGUGCAGUCUGCUUGUGAAAAGUUCAGAAGGCCUCUUUCAGUGGGCAGCUGUUACAUGUCAUUAUAUUAUGAAUCCAUAUGGAGGCAAGCUUCCAUAUGAGCAUCUGGAAUCUUUUCUUGAGACCAGAAGUGGCUUAGAUAAUCUGUAUCAUGAAGUUCUCAAUCAAGCUUUUCAAGGAAAUGAUUCAAAAGCCAUGAACAGAUACAGAUCAGUUAUGGGAAGAAUUUUAACAGCAAAAGAACCACUACCUUUAUCAACUUUGUCAAAAAUGCAUGUAGACAAACCAGCAUGGAUGGAUGAGAUAAAGGCAAUAAUUGGACCAUUGGGUUGUUUGCUUUCUGGGAUCAAUGCGAAUGAUGUUGCAAUAAAGCCAUUGCAUAGCUCCUUUUAUGACUACCUCACAUGCAAUUCACGAAGUGGGGAAUUCUUUAUCAAUAUUGAUGAGGCUGAGAAAGAAUUUGCUAUCACAACUCUACACAUACUUAGGACAGAGCUUCACUUUAACAUAUGCCAACUGCCUACAUCAUAUAAAGCAAAUGAUGAUCCUGAAAUUAAUAUACUGGGGAAAGUCAAAGAAAAGGUCUCAUCUCAACUGAUUUAUGCAUCCUAUUUUUUUGCAGCCCAUCUUUUGUGGGUGACAUCUAGUAUUGAAGUUCUGGAAGGUCUUCACCACUUUCUAUAUAAUCAAUUUCUCUAUUGGUUAGAAGUGUUGAGUGUUACAAGUAAAGUAAAUAUUGCACAUGACAUACUUUCUUCAUUAUUACACUGGAAAAAGACAGAUGUAAAUGCCAGAAUGUUCAUUGAGGAUGCUAUGAAGGUUGUAACCACCUUUUUUGAACCUAUAGCUCAUAGUGCACCUCAUAUAUAUAUAUCUGCUCUGCCAAUGUUGCCAAGCACCUCUGUGAUUGCAAAAAUGUAUUCUUGUCACUUUACUCAGGUAGUCCAUGUGACAAGAGGAGAACAGAAAAUAUGGCCAUCCAUCAGUAGUAUUUUGCAAGGCCAUGUGGGGGAAGUUUUGUCUGUAGCAUUCUCACCUGAUGGAAAGCACAUAGUUUCAGGGUCAUUUGACAGAACUAUCAGAUUAUGGGAUCCACAAACAGGAAAGCUUGUCUUAGAUCCAUUUGAAGGCCACACAGACCAUGUCACCUCUGUUGCAUUCUCACAUGAUGGAAAAUACAUAGUUUCAGGGUCAUGGGACAAAACUAUCAGAUUAUGGGAUGCAAAGACAGGAAAGCUUGUCUUAGAUCCAUUUGAAGGCCACACACAUUAUGUCACCUCUGUUGCAUUCUCACCCAAUGGCAAAUACAUUGUUUCAGGGUCAUUUGACAAAACUAUCAGAUUAUGGGAUCCACAGACAAAAAAGCUUGUCUUACAUCCAUUUGAAGGCCAUACACAUUAUGUCACCUCUGUUGCAUUCUCACCUGAUGGCAAAUACAUUGUUUCAGGGUCAUUUGACAAAACUAUCAGAUUAUGGGAUUCACAGACAAAAAAGCUUGUCUUACAUCCAUUUGAAGGCCAUACACAUUAUGUCACCUCUGUUGCAUUCUCACCUGAUGGAAAAUACAUUGUUUCAGGGUCAUUUGACAAAACUAUCAGAAUAUGGGAUUCACAGACAAAAAAGCUUGUCUUACAUCCAUUUGAAGGCCACACAUAUUAUGUCACCUCUGUUGCAUUCUCACCUGAUGGAAAAUACAUUGUUUCAGGGUCAUAUGACAACACUAUCAGAUUAUGGGAUCCAAAGACAGGAAAGCUUGUCUCAGAUCCAUUUGAAGGGUCAUGUGACAAAACUAUCAGAAUAUGGGAUCCACAGACAAAAAAGCUUGUCUUACAUCCAUUUGAAGGCCACACAUAUUAUGUCACCUCUGUUGCAUUCUCACCUGAUGGAAAAUAUAUUGUUUCAGGGUCAUCAGACAAAACUAUCAGAUUGUGGGAUUCACAGACAGGAAAGCUUGUCUCACAUCCAUUUGAAGGCCACACACAGGCUGUGACUCUGUUGCAUUCUCACCUGAUGGAAAAUACAUUGUUUCAGGGUCAUAUGACAACACUAUCAAAUUAUGGGAUACAAAGACAGGAAAUUUCAGGGUCAUGUGACAAAACUAUCAGAUUAUGGGAUUCACAGACAAAAAAGCUUGUCUUACAUCCAUUUGAAGGCCACACAGAUAUGUUGCCUCUGUUGCAUUCUCACCUGAUGGAAAAUACAUCGUUUCAGGGUCAUGUGACAAAACUAUCAGAUUAUGGGAUUCACAGACAAAAAAUUUCAGGGUCAUGGGACAAAACUAUCAGAAUGUGGGAUUCACAGACAAAAAAGCUUGUCUUACAUCCAUUUGAAGGCCACACAUAUUAUGUUACCUCUGUUGCAUUCUCACCUGAUGGAAAGUACAUUGUUUCAGGGUCAUGGGACAAAACUAUCAGAUUGUGGGAUCCACAGACAGGAAAGCUUGUCUCACAUCCAUUUGAAGGCCACACAGACCGUGUUGCCUCUGUUGCAUUCUCACCUGAUGGAAAAUACAUUGUUUCAGGGUCAUUUGACAAAACUAUCAGAUUAUGGGAUUCACAGACAGGAAAGCUUGUCUCACAUCCAUUCAAAGGCCACACAGACUGUGACACCUUGCCUGACAUCAUUUCCAAAUUAAAAGAUGACACCAAUAAAAUUUGCAAGGAUUGUUCUGAUAAAAAUGACUUUUCUAUUCUUAACCAAUCUCACCUCAAAUCCACUGGAUGGCUCUGCACACAUACAGAAGAUCUAUUACUUUGGAUACCACCUUGGCACAAAUCAGGCCUUCAAUGGCAACCCAGACAACAACUUGUCAUUGGAACCUAUACUGCAAAGCUUGUUUUUGAUGAAUUUGUAUCAGGAACUGACUGGCACUUGUGCAAGACCUUUCCAUAG